AUGGUUGAUCUACAACCAAAUGCAAAGUCCAUUCUUCUUCCCUCCGUAAGCGGUUCUCAAGAAACAUCGGUGAGUAUACAUCAAGCAAAGGGCGCAAUCCCAUCACACAAUUUGAAGUCAACAAUUGUUGCAUGUUCUGGAACUUCAUAUGUAUUUUUGUACGGUGGGUUUGAUGAUAAUGAUGCGUUGGACAGCAAUGUGUAUUUACUAAACACUGAUACGAUGGAAUGGGAAGUUGACAAUAAAAUGGAUGGAUUGUAUAGAGAGGGACAUCUGGCUGUGUAUCUCAAUAACGGUAAUGUCUUGAUAUUUGGUGGAUUACCUUUUGACGAUGAGAUCUCGCUUUCUGGUAAUUCCAGUGGUGUUACUUCGAGUGGAGAAAUGAGAAAGGAUAACUUGAUGAUGAUUUAUAAUAUAUUUGACAAAAAGUGGAUUGGGCCUCCAGAUUUUGCAUUGGCAAAUGCUCCAAGCUCAAGAUCGAGACAUGCCUGUUGCUUGACUCCUGACGGUACAAAACUUUUUAUUAGUGGUGGAUUGGUGAAGUCCUCGGUAUUAAGUGAUUUAUAUUGUUACGACUUGACGUCUGGAACUUGGAGUGGUCCUUUUGAGUUUGAGCCAAGGUUCGACCACACUAUCAUUUACCACAAUGAGCGUAUAUAUUGCUUUGGUGGCUUGAAUGGAGAUAUGAAUCAUGUUAAAACUGUAACGUUUUAUUCCUUUAAAACUCAAUCAACUUGUGAGGUUUCAGUUUCGAAUUUGGUGACUACAAAUUUUUCAUCGUUGAGCUACGAUUUGUUUAUUUUGGAAAAUAGAAGAAAUCCUGAGCUAAGUUUAUUUGUUAAUCUUCCAACAUGGAAUACAGAUGGUGGGGUGAAUAUUGCGAGCUUGAAUUUGACAGACUUUGAAGCACAAGUUUUGUUUGAACAGUUGGACUUUCUGAAUUUCAUGAACGAAGGAGAACACAAUACCAAGUACCUUUGGUCUUGCGCUUUCAUUAACCACAAUGGAACUCUCUACUUGUUGGGCAAUAAGAAGAAGCAAAUUUCGCUCAUGUUGGGGGGGCAUUUGGCCCACAAUGGUUUGGAAAAUGAAGAGGAAACUAUUCGUGAGAAUGAUUGGAUUGAAGAGGAACCGGAGUCUGUGGUGCACGGUGUUAAAUUUAGACAUGUUUUAGAAGUUGAUAUUGGGCUGCUUGGAUUUUCAAGUCAUCAAAGCAACAGUUUGACGUCAGACUUUGAGAGGCUUUUUGAAUCACACUUAUUCGCUGAUUUUGAAAUCACAUCCUUAAGGGACGAGAAUGACAAGCGCAAUUUUGAAAAUCAAGUUGCUUACAAUACCAAAUCGUUGCCUGUUCAUAAAUCUAUCUUGAGUGCAAGAUGGCCCCAUUUUUAUCGCAUGAUUUCAGCGGGAAUGAAUGAGAGCCUCGAAAGCAAGGUACUUAUUCCAGAACCAUUUUGCAGAGUUAAAGCCAUAAUUUACUAUUUGUAUGUUGGAAAACUCGAGCACGAUGAACAGUUGAAAAUAUAUGACUAUUCAGCAUUGAUAGUGUUGGCCAACAUGUACGAGUUGUCUGAGUUCAAAAGCUUGAUCUUGCUGAAGCUAGUCUCCUUAUUUGAACAAUUUCGAAAUUGGUUCAAGUACGAUGAAGAUUCGAUCUCGGAUUUGCUUCGCGUCUGGAAAGAUCUUUCCAUCUCACAUGAGCAAAUUUUGUUAUCAAAAAUUAUAGCUUUCAUAAAGGAGAAAUGGGGCGUCAUUACCAGAUCCAAAUCGUUCAUGUUACUCAGCAAGGAUGACAUUGUGAAGUUGUGUCAGGACUCUACUGAUGAUGUUGCAUCUCAACAGGAUGCUGCUGCCAUUAAAAGCCCAAGUCGAAUUUCUUUACACUCGAUUGAGACAACCUCACCUGGUACACCUGGAAGAAGGACGAAUUCCCCUUUUGUGAUUGACUCACCUACUGCGCAGAGUAAUCUCCUGUAUACUGGUUCAAUAUUUUAA